AAAUUGACAAAAGUAGCACAUACGUGUAUGGGAUCCCUACGUGUAUUAAGGUAUGCGAGUCCGCUACUGAACCGAUUUCGUUGCAGUGGUGAUAAUUUCUUAAUGUCAGACUGUUAUCGAGCAUUUACUCAUCAUUGAUGGCGAGACGAAGGGAUAUGUUCAAUUUGCACAACUUUUUAAGCUCGAUUCCAGUUCUCUUGGUGACUUUGUCUCUUCAUUAUGAUGAUGGAGAAGCGAAAUCGGAAGCAGAGGCCAAGAAAUACAUGGAGACUGGAAACACUUUGUUAGCAGCUGGUCAGCUUGCUGAUGCACUGGCCCAAUAUAAUUCUGCAAUAGACAAUGAUCCUGAGAACUACAUGGCAUACUACAAGAGAGCCGCUGUUUACCUGGCCCAAGGAAGGUCCAAACUGGCUCUACCAGACUUGAAGAAGAGCAUGACUCUCAAGAAGGACUUCACUCCCGCUCUCAUCAACCAUGGCAAUGUACUAUUUAAGCUGGGACAUCUUGCUAAAGCUAGGGAAGAUUAUGCUGCCGUGUUAAAAUUUGAUCCAUCUAAUAAAGAGGCUGAGAAGCAACUUGGGAUGACCCGUACCGUGGAGGAGAGAAUAGCUAUAGGAGAUAAACAAUUCCAAUCAAAUCAAAUAGAACAAGCAUUAGAUGCGUACUCAAAGGUUCUUAUGUAUUUACCCUGGAAUGCAGAUAUGCACAGGAAACGGGCAAAAGUCUACACAGAGUUAGGAGAGUUAUACAAAGCCAUCGAAGAUCUAAGAUCUGUAACUAAACUUGUUCCAGACAGCACAGAAGUCUAUCUUGAAAUGAGUAGAACGCAUGACAGUAUGGGAGAUCUAGAUAUGGCCUUAGAAGAUAUACGAGAAUGUUUGAAACUGGAUCCUGAUCAUAAGGAAUGCUUCCCUCUUUACAAGCUGCUCAAGAAAAUCAGAAGAUUUUUGGAUGCCGCUGAAAAUUAUAUCCGUGAUGGAAGAUAUGAUGAGGCGAUAGAAAAAUUAAAAGCAUCGAUAGAGGCUGCUGGUAAAGGAGGUGUUUAUGAACUCAGGGCAAAUGCAAGGAUAUGUCACGCAUAUAGAAUGAGCCAAAAUAUACCUGAAGCUAAAAAGAUGUGUUCACUGGUUUUAAAGGACGAUCCAGAAAAUAUAGAUGUACUCAUAGAUAGAGCUGAAACUUAUAUCCAAGAUGAAAUGUAUGAAGAAGCUGUAAGUGAUUACCAAAAAGCCAAAGAAAUAGAUGACGUGCAGAGAACACAAGAAGGAUUAGAUAGAGCGCAGAAACUUUUAAAACAAUCCAAGAAAAGGGAUUACUACAAAAUUUUAGGUGUCAGAAGAAAUGCUGUCAAAAAGGAAAUAUUGAAAGCAUAUCGACAAUUAGCUAUGCAAUGGCAUCCGGACAAACAUGAAGAAGGGGAAAAAAAAUCCAAAGCAGAGAAAAUGUUCAUGGACAUCGCCGAUGCCAAAGAAGUUCUUACGGACCCGGAAAUGAGGGAAAAAUUUGAUGCUGGUGAGGACCCGUUAGACCCUGAACAACAGCAACAGAGAAACCAAGGCUUUCAUCACGGGCAUCCAUUCGGUUUUAAUCCGUUCGGUAGCGGCGGUGGUGGUGGCGGUUUCAACUUCAAGUUCAAGUUCAACUAGAGUAAAACUUAACAUUGACACAAUCUGCAGGACUCUGUAUCACUAACGUCUGUGAUCAAUCGCUAAAUGGCAAUGGCCAAUCCAGGUCCCCGUCUUACGAACAGUUGCGAUUGAUCCGAUCAACCACAACUGUGGAAAGCCAGCAACGUCAACAUCCGAAAUGCAUGUUUGUUCAACAUGUUUUCUCUAUAUGCUGUUUAUUCAUACAUUAAUUGCUUUCUUGAAAAGUUUGGGUGAUUCUCUUUGUUUAUGCAGGACAUGGCACAAAUUUCCUGUCGGAAAAUAUAUGACACUGAUGGAUUUCCAUACAUUUGGGGUUGAUCGGAUCAAUCGUAACUCUUCGUAUGAUGGGUGCCAGGGUCCCAUCAUACAAAGAGUUACCAUUCGAUCCAAUCAAGUAACUCUAUGGAAAUCCAUCAGGGUCAUAAUUUUUUCUAUAGGAAAUUGACACAAUGUCCUUUGUAAACAAAGAGAAGCACAGUGAAUUUUCAAGAAAACAACGAAUGCACGAAUAUACAUCAUAGGUAGAAAAUAUUUUGAACAGACAUGCAUAAUACAUGUUGACGUUGCUGACCGUCCAUAGUUGCAAUUGAUCGGAUCAAUCGUAACUCUUCAUAAGACGGGGCCCUGGUCACCGUUCCAUGCCAAGUGUGUUUAGAGUUCUUACCAGGAACCAUUCAGGAUCAUUCUUUCAUACUUGCAAUCCAUUACUAAUCUUUGUGCUGCACGUCCCUGAUUGAUAACGGUGUGAUGCCUACAGCAGAACAGAACCUUCAAGUUAUCAUCCUGUGAAACUUAAGAAAAUGACAUAUUUUUUGUAGCCUGAGGGCUAUUUCAUAUGCAUAGCUCAUUGUAAAGUUGACUUUUCAAACAACUGGAACAUUCUUCAGGGUGCGAGAUUUGGUUUUAUUUCUGAAAUCCAGUGUAAUACAUCUAUUUCUACUUGAAAACUCUUCCUUGAGAUAUGGUCUGUAUCUGGCAUCAGCCAUAAUGGUUUCUACGAGACUGUCACGCCACUUUUAUUAGCAAGCCGUUAAGUGUGUAAGAACUUCCUAUUUUAUAGUUGUGGUAUUCUCAGUACUACUUAACAAAAAUUUUUGCACUGCUUGAGUGAAAACCAUGUACUAUGUGACUUCACCGACCCCACCCCCCCCCCUAAAAAAAUCCCUAAUUCCCUCCAACCGGGACCCAUUUACAUAAACCUUAAUGACCUAUCAUAAAGCCGAUUUUCAGGAUUGAUCACAGCAUUAUGUGUGAUCAAUCUACAGAUUAUCUGUAUGAUCAUUCCCUUACUUUAGUGUAACUGGCCCGGAAGAAGUUAAUAAUAGUCUUACUGCAUGUAGAUCAAUAGAACCUUUAUAUAAAUUGUCAUUCAGGGAAGGAUUUCAUAAAAUAUACAUAUACAGAUAUAUAUUUUAAAAAAAGCAAUUUGUCAACAUCUCACUAAUCAAAAUGAGCUGGUUUGACUAUAUCUGAGAUGCUUUUCUUUGUGCACUUUAUGCAAAAAUUAACUUCACUUUGUUCCUCUAUAUUGGACUUUACCAGGGUCACUUUUUCUUGUUAAAGUUGUGUCAUGAAAAUAUACACCUAUGGGAUUUACUAUAGAAAAUUUUACCAUUUUACUCAUUAAUUAGCAAGUCUUGUCCUUUUUCACAGAAAGUCAACUUCCCCCUUCUUGAAUGUGGUGACCUCAUUUUUGUUUAAAUUUGUGAAAUCUUUCUUUGUGAGUUAAUGAUAAUUGCACAAAAGCUGGAAUGAUUUCAUUUCUUUCUUAACUUUGCCUGUAGUGCCUUGGAGACUGUUAGUGCUGUAUGAAUAGUUUUGAAGAAAAUUUUUAAAAAUAUCAAAUGAAAUAAUUGAGAGAUUGUACUCAUGGUAACAUGUAUGUAUAUUGGCAAUAUUGUCAUUGUCUUGAAUAAUUUUAUUUGAAAGGGUAAUUUCUCAAUUAAUUAUUGGUGUUUUUACGUGAUCUGCAAUGAAUAAAGCUAAAUUCAACAUCAGAAUAGUUAGCUGAAAGUGUCCAUUAGAUGUUCACUUUCAUUUGUUUAGUUCAUAUUCAAAGUUAUGUUUUAACCAAAGUAUUAUAGAAGAUGUUCAGAUUUAUUGUCCUCAAGUUUAUCUUUUUUUGUAUUCUAUUUGAUGGAAGAGAGUUGCUAUUUUUGUACAUUUCCUCCUUUCUAAAUUAUUUUGUCAUGGUGUAUUUUGGGAUAAAAAGUAAUUAAAUUGGUUAAAUAUUUUGUAUUUAAUUUGGUUAUGUAGGCCAAAAGCCCUGUGAAUGGACAAAAAAAUAAUUAGAAAAUGCAUGCAAGAUCCAUAGCUAUUCAUGCAAACGCUCUACCAUACGCACCAAUGCCUUGGAAAACAUAUUUAUAACUUUUUUUCAUAUCAGGUAUAAUGAUACCCAUAGUUGUUUGUCAUCAUUUCAUCAUUUUUUUUUUCUAGUUCGUAUAUAUAUUAGUUGCCCCCUCUUGAUCGCAACUUUGAAAAGGAAUAACUCAACUGUAUUUUUCUAUUUUUGUGUUUCAAAAUGAAUCGGCAUAUUUUGUGUUUAAUAACUUCUACCUAUGUGAUGCCUUACAGUAGAGUUAUAUAUUUCUAUUAGAAAUAAAAGCAGUCAAGUAAAUUCAACUUUUAAAGUGACAUUGCACUGGCACAUUCAAUAAUGCCAUCUUAUAGGUUGAGAAAGAUGGCACAAAAUGAGGACCCAUGAUGCACUAUUUCAGUUUUAGAUUCAGUUUGGUUUAUUUCAAUAUUUUACUGCCAUUACAAUGUUUAGUAAUGAUAUAUUUUUAACCAAUUGUUUAAACAUGAUCAAUUCUACCAAACAAAUAAUACACACAAAAUUAAACGAAAGGAAAGAGACAAAAAAGCUUUAAAAUGUUCAAGGAAGCUUAUUUUGGGAGGGGGGAAUGGUGCAUUAUGGGUCGCACAUUGGUCAUUCCCAACAGCACCAUUAGAUGGCAGUAUUUGCUGUCUGUGUCCAUGCAAUGUCACUUUAGGUCAACUUCAUGAGUAAAACAAUUUUUCAAUGUCAAAAGACGACUUAAAAGGUCUUAUAUUCUUCAUUGUACACGUACAUGUAUGUCAAGAUUUCUUUUAAUGUGAAAGCCUUCUUCUGAAGUUCGUAUUGCCUCAAAUGCAUUGAAGCUAAUUUGACUGACAGUAAUUUUGAAAUCUCGUAAGAUUCUCGCACUUUAGGUAUAGUCAAAGAUAUUUAUUUUUUUAGUUCUGGUACAUUGACUUCUGCGAGGAUGACCGUUUUCGAAUUGGUGAGUCAUGUAGUAGAUUUAUGAUUGUUUGUCAUUGUUAUUUUUUCUCCAAAUUACUUAUAUAUUUGUCAACUACUGUAUUUCAUGAUAAAUGUAUGUUUUGAUAUUUGGGGAUUUUUAGAGGAAAUGUCUGUAUUUGUAAAUAUAAAGAUUUCUCUAUGAAAGAAACAA